UCUGUAGUUCGGUGGCACACGACCCACUGCUCAUGCUCGUUUGCUCCGUGGAUAGAAGGAAGACAAAGACAAGGGUCCAGGAGCAAAGUUUCAGCUGUAACGUAGUUUUACCUCUUUGAAGAACAUGCUGUUCACCGAAAGCUAACGAGAUGUGGAGGCAGCAAGUAACACAGCGACCGGAUGCAGCGGCGAACGAUUUUAAACAGGAACUGUGUCGUUCCGGGGAGAAGAACCGCAGACGGAGGAACGUCCUGCGUCGUGCUGUUUUUAAUCCCGACCAUCAGCUGCAGAUAAUAGUGGUCCCUGCAGAUGUUCAGGAAAUGGUUCCUAUUAAAGAAGAAGCUUCUGAAGAAUGGAGGCCUGGUGUGGACCAGCUGAACUCAGAGCAAAUCACAAUCAAGGAGGAAGAGGAGGAACUGUGGACAAGUCUGGAGGGAGAGCAGCUCAAUGUGAAGGAGGAGGCUGAUGUCACCAAGUUUACAUUCACUGCUGUUCCUUUGAAGAAUGAAGAUGAUGAAGAGAAACCUCUGUUCUCACAGCUUCAUCAGCACCAAGUGGAGAGCAGAGAUCUUCCAAGCAGCAGCUCACCUGACCAUUUGGCAGCAGCUGGUGGCGACGAGGACUGUGGAGGAGGAGAAACUACCAGGAACCCAAACUUAAAUAUUCAUGAAGAUGAUUCCAGCUCUUCAGAAACUGAAGUCAGUGAGGAUGAUGAAGAGGAAGAUGAUGUAAACAAUCCUGACUCUCAGCUGAAACACUUGUCAAACUCUGGGUCAGAAAGUGAAGACAGCAACAAUGACUGGAAGGAGAGCAGGGCUCCUGAGUCAGGUGUAAAUACUGCCAACAAACCUUUGAGCUGCUCUGAAUGUGAUGCCUUACCUGACUUAACUACAGACCACUGA